AUGGGCACCUGUGUCCCACUGCCUCCGCCAGAUCUGGGCAGCCUGAGGGUGGCCACGCCCGACGACGUCAUGCGCAUCGGCAUCGUUGCUACAGCGGCGUUUCGGUAUUCGCCUCUUUUUCGCUGGGAGAGACCAAACCAUGACCAGUACCCCGACGACACCCUGUUAUCAUACCGCACUCAGCUCAAGACCGCCAUCCAGAGCGACGACUUCAUCGUCCUGGUCCAAGAAAGUGCCUACCAACCCAAUGAAAGCGAGCGUACCGAGGCCAUUAUCCCCGCCAACAAUGGUUGGACUCCUCCCGAUGCUGGACAACAAGUCAUCGUCGGUGUUCUGAGUGUAAAGCUGGAGCCUGACUCGCCAAGAAAGGGCCAGCUCAAGAAUCACAAAGGCACGUACCCAGAUCUUCCAGACUGCGCCGGACGAGAUCUCAAUCGUCGACAUUACGAUUCUUGGGGCUCCCUUGUGGGUUCGGUGAGAAAAGAACACCACUGUCAUGGAGAUUCGAUUGUCAGCAUGAUUGUGGUCCAUCCAGCGUAUUGGAAGCACGGGUAUGGGACUGCCAUGAUGAAGUGGUCACGGGAUCUGUCCAAGAUUGACUCCGUUGCCCAAUGUGUCAGUGCCGCACCAAUGUCAGAGCCCCUUUUCAUUACCUUGGGCUUUGAGACUGUGUGCCGCAUCACAGAAGAUGGUGAUGACGACGAUCCUGAAGGAGUCAGCACAGCGUUGCUGGAGUAUCGCCCUAGCGAGUAA